CCAGCCAAAGCUGGCUGCACUGGCCACAGACUGCCUACUGUCACACGCUCUCCCGCGCGCAGACACACACACCCGCUGCUCCUCCGCACAAAGACGGCGCGGGCUCCGGGUGACACGGGGGCAGCGCACGUGGGGGCCCCGCUGCUGCUCACAUCCAGGUACUUAUUCCAUGGAGCUGGUUCACUCAAGGAUCUAGGUCUUUCCCAACUCCGGAAAGAAGAGAAUUCCUUUAAGAAGAUCAGAAACGACUGAUUUGGAUUCUACUCUGUGCUUCGAAAUACCCAAUUCUACCUGAGAGUGAGACACCCAAGGACCAUAGAAUCCCAGAAACAUCCAGCCAAACCCACCUCCACCAUGGGGGCCACGACUCGGCUGUUGGCAGGUGUCUUCCUAUCUUUACUUGCCGUCUCUACUGAAGGCGGGGUCCUCAAGAAAGUCAUCCGGCACAAGCGACAGAGUGUGGUGAACAUCACCCAGCCAGAGGAAAACCAGCCAAUGGUGUUUAACCAUGUCUACAACAUCAAGCUGCCCGUAGGGUCCCAGUGCUCGGUGGAUCUGGAAUCAGCCAAUGGGGAGAAAGACCUGGCCCCACUGUCGGAGCCCAGCGAAAGCUUCCAGGAGCAAACAGUGGAUGGAAACAACCAGAUCGUCUUCACACACCGCAUCAACAUCCCCCGCCGGGCCUGCGGUUGCGCGGCUGCUCCAGACGUCAAGGAGCUCCUGAGCAGAUUGGAGGAGCUGGAGAACCUGGUGUCAUCCCUGCGGGAGCAGUGUACCACGGGAGCAGGCUGCUGUCUCCAGCCGGCCGAAGGCCGCCUGGACACCAGGCCCUUCUGCAGCGGCCGGGGGAACUUCAGCACCGAAGGAUGUGGUUGUGUUUGUGAACCUGGCUGGAAAGGCCCCAACUGCUCUGAGCCCGACUGUCCAGGCAACUGUCACCUGCGAGGGCAGUGCCUCGACGGGCAGUGCAUCUGCGAUGAGGGCUUCACAGGGGAGGACUGCAGCCAGCUGGCUUGUCCCAGCGACUGCAAUGACCAGGGCAAGUGCGUGAACGGGGUCUGCGUCUGUUUCGAAGGCUACGCCGGGGCCGACUGCAGCCAGGAGGUCUGCCCGGUGCCCUGCAGCGAGGAGCAUGGCAGGUGUGUGGAGGGCCGCUGUGUGUGCCGAGAUGGCUUUGCCGGUGAUGACUGCAACGAGCCCCUGUGCCUCAACAACUGCAACAACCGUGGGCGGUGCGUGGACAACGAGUGUGUGUGUGACGACGGCUUCACGGGUGAAGACUGCGGCGAGCUCGUCUGCCCCAACGACUGUUUCGACCGGGGCCGCUGUGUCAACGGCACGUGCUUCUGCGAAGAAGGCUUCACGGGGGAGGACUGCAGUCAACCCACCUGCCCCAACGCCUGCCACGGUCAGGGCCGGUGCGAGGAGGGCCAGUGCGUGUGCGACGAAGGCUUCGCCGCCGUGGACUGCAGCGAGAAGAGGUGUCCUGCUGAUUGUCACAACCACGGCCGCUGCGUUGAUGGGCAGUGUGAGUGUGACGAUGGCUACACGGGAGCUGACUGUGGAGAACUCAAGUGUCCCAAUGGCUGUAGUGGCCACGGCCGCUGUGUCAACGGGCAGUGCGUGUGCGACGAGGGCUACACUGGGGAGGACUGCGGCCAGCUGCGGUGUCCCAAUGACUGCAACAGUCGCGGCCGCUGCGUCCAGGGGAAGUGUGUGUGCGAACAAGGCUUCCAGGGCUACGACUGCAGUGAAAUGACCUGUCCCCAUGACUGCCACCAGCACGGCCGCUGCGUGAAUGGCAUGUGUGUCUGUGAUGAUGGCUACACAGGCGAGGACUGCCGGGAGCUGCGAUGCCCUGGGGAUUGCAGCAACCGGGGCCGCUGUGUGGACGGGCAGUGCGUGUGCGAGGAUGGCUUCACCGGCCCCGACUGUGCAGAACUCUCCUGCCCCAGUGACUGCCAUGGCCAGGGCCGCUGUGUGAACGGGCAGUGCGUGUGCCACGAAGGCUUCAUGGGCAAAGACUGCAAGGAGCGGAGCUGUCCUGACGACUGUCAUGGCCGGGGCCGCUGCAUGGACGGCCAGUGCGUCUGCCAGGAGGGCUUCACGGGUCCAGACUGCGGGCAGCGCUCCUGCCCCAAUGACUGUAGUAACUGGGGGCAGUGCGUCGCCGGCCGCUGCAUCUGCAGUGAGGGCUACACCGGGGAAGACUGCUCGGAGGUGUCCCCUCCCAAAGACCUCAUCGUGACAGAAGUGACAGAAGAGACCGUAAACCUGGCCUGGGACAAUGAGAUGCGGGUCACGGAGUACCUCGUCCUGUACACACCCACCCAUGAGGGCGGCCUGGAAAUGCAAUUCCGUGUCCCCGGAAACCAGACGUCCACCAUCAUCCGGGAGUUGGAGCCUGGCGUGGAGUAUUUUAUCCGUGUGUUCGCCAUCCUGGAGAACAAGAAGAGCAUCCCCGUCAGCGCCAGGGUGGCCACUUACUUGCCUGCACCUGAAGGCCUCAAGUUCAAGUCGAUCAAGGAGACAUCUGUGGAGGUGGAGUGGGAUCCUCUGGACAUCGCUUUCGAAACGUGGGAGAUCAUCUUUCGCAAUAUGAAUAAAGAAGAUGAGGGAGAGAUCACCAAAAGCCUGAGGAGACCAGAGACCACCUACCGGCAAACUGGCCUAGCUCCUGGGCAAGAGUAUGAGAUCUCUCUGCACAUCGUGAAGAACAAUACCCGGGGCCCAGGCCUGAAGAGGGUGACAACCACCCGCUUGGACGCCCCCAGCCAGAUCGAGGUGAAAGAUGUCACGGACACCACUGCUCUGAUCACCUGGUUCAAGCCCCUGGCCGAAAUCGAUGGCAUCGAGCUCACCUACGGGACCAAAGACGUGCCAGGCGACCGCACCACCAUCGAUCUCACACAGGACGAGAACCAGUACUCCAUCGGGAACCUGAAGCCAGACACAGAGUACGAGGUGUCCCUCAUUUCCCGCAGAGGCGACAUGUCCAGCAACCCAGCCAAGGAGACCUUCACAACAGGCCUGGAUGCUCCCAGGAACCUCCGCCGUGUCUCCCAGACAGACAACAGCAUCACCCUGGAAUGGAGGAAUGGCAAGGCGGCCAUUGACAAUUACAGAAUUAAGUACGCACCCAUCUCUGGAGGGGACCACGCUGAGGUCGAAGUACCGAGGAGCCAACAAGCCACGACGAAAACCAUACUCACAGGUCUGAGACCAGGGACUGAAUAUGGCAUUGGAGUGUCUGCUGUGAAGGGAGACAAGGAGAGUGAUCCGGCCACCAUCAACGCGGCCACAGACCUGGACCCGCCCAGGGAUCUUCGGGUUUCUGAAACUACGGACACCAGCCUGACCCUGCUCUGGAGGACACCGUUGGCCAAGUUUGACCAUUACCGCCUCAACUACAGCCUUCCCUUGGGCCAGCCAGUGGAGAUGCGGCUUCCCAAAGGCACUACCUCCCAUGUCCUGAGAGGCCUGGAACCUGGGCAAGAAUAUCCCAUCCUCCUCACCACAGAGAAGGGCAGGUACAAGAGCAAGCCCGCACGUGUCAAGGCAUCCACAGACCACGCCCCUGAACUGGAAAACCUCACCGUGACCAAGGUUGGCUGGGAUGGCCUCAAACUCAACUGGACCGCAGCUGACCAGGCCUAUGAGCACUUUGUCAUUCAGGUGCAGGAGGCCAACAGGGUGGAGGCGGCCCAGAACCUCACGGUGCCCGGCAGCCUGCGGGCUGCGGACAUCCCGGGCCUCAAGGCCGCCACCCCUUAUACAGUUACCAUCUACGGGGUGAUCCGGGGCUAUAGAACACCAGUGCUCUCUGCUGAGGCCUCCACAGGAGAAGCUCCCAAUUUGGGAGAGGUCACGGUGUCCGAGGUGGGCUGGGACGCCCUCAAGCUCAGCUGGACUGCUCCGGAAGGAGCCUAUGAACAGUUUUUCAUUCAGGUGCAGGAGACUGACACGGUAGAGGCAGCCCAGAACCUCACAGUCCCAGGAGGACUGAGGUCCGUGGACUUGCCUGGGCUCAAAGCAUCCACUCGUUAUAGCAUCACCAUCUGCGGGGUCACUCGAGACUUCAGCACAGCCCCUCUGUCUGUUGAAGUCUUGACAGAGGAGGUUCCAGAUCUGGGAAACCUCACAGUGGCCGAGGUUAGCUGGGAUGCCCUCAGACUGGACUGGAUCACCCCAGAUGGGAUCUAUGAGCAGUUUGUCAUUGAGGUCCAGGAGGCUGACCAGGCCGAAGAAGCUCACAGUCUCACAGUUCCUGGCAGCCUGCGCUCCGUGGAAAUCCCAGGCCUCAGGGCUGGUACCCCGUACACAGUCACCCUGCACGGCGAGGUCGGGGGCCGCCGCACUCGACCCCUUGCUGUGGAGGUCAUCACAGAGGAGCUCCCCCAGCUGGGAGACUUAAUCGUGACCGAGGCUGGCUCGGAUGGCCUCAAACUCAACUGGGCCGCCACCCCUUAUACAGUUACCAUCUACGGGGUGAUCCGGGGCUAUAGAACACCAGUGCUCUCUGCUGAGGCCUCCACAGCCGGAGAACCUGAAAUUGGAAACUUAAAUGUUUCCGACAUAACUCCUGAGAGCUUCAAUCUCUCCUGGACAGCUACCGAUGGGGCCUUCAAGACCUUUACCAUUGAAAUUAUUGAUUCCGAUAGGUUCCUGGAGACGCUGGAAUACAAUGUCUCUGGUGCUGAACGAACUGCCCACAUCUCAGGGCUACGCCCUAGUAAUGAUUUUAUUAUCUACCUCUCCGGACUUGCUCCCAGCAUCCGGACCAAAACCAUCAGUGCCACGGCCACCACAGAGGCCCUGCCCCUUCUGGAAAACCUAACCAUUUCCGACAUUAAUCCCUACGGGUUCACAGUUUCCUGGAUGGCAUCGGAGAAUGCCUUUGACAGCUUCCUAGUAACGGUGGUGGAUUCUGGGAAGCUGCUGGACCCCCAGGAAUUCACACUUUCAGGAACCCAGAGGAAGCUGGAGCUCAGAGGCCUCAUAACUGGCAUUGGUUAUGAGGUUAUGGUCUCUGGCUUCACCCAAGGGCACCAAACCAAGCCCUUGAGGGCUGAGAUUGUUACAGAAGCCGAGCCAGAAGUUGACAACCUUCUGGUUUCAGAUGCCACCCCAGACGGUUUCCGUCUGUCCUGGACAGCUGAUGAGGGGGUCUUCGAUAAUUUUGUUCUCAAAAUCAGAGAUACCAAAAAGCAGUCUGAGCCACUGGAAAUAACCCUACUUGCCUCCGAACGUACCAGGGACAUAACAGGUCUCAGAGAGGCCACUGAAUAUGAAAUUGAACUCUAUGGAAUAAGGAAUGGAAGGCGAUCCCAGCCAGUCAGUGCUAUAGCAACAACAGCCAUGGGCUCCCCGAAGGAAAUCAUUUUCUCAGACAUCACUGAAAACUCCGCCACUGUCAGCUGGAUGGCACCCACUGCCCAGGUGGAGAGCUUCCGGAUUACCUACGUGCCCAUUGCAGGAGGUACACCCUCAGAGGUAACUGUGGAUGGGAGUAAAACUCAGACCAGGCUGGUGAAGCUCUUACCUGGGGCCGAGUACCUUGUCAGUGUCAUCGCCAUGAAGGGCUUUGAGGAAAGCGAACCUGUCUCCGGAUCAUUCGCCACAGCUCUGGAUGGCCCAUCUGGCCUCGUGACAGCCAACGUCACCGACUCAGAAGCCUUGGCCAUGUGGCAGCCAGCCAUCGCCCCUGUGGACAGUUACAUCAUCUCCUACACGGGGGAGAGAGUGCCAGAAAUUACACGCACGGUGUCCGGGAACACGGUGGAGUAUGCUCUGACCAAUCUGGAGCCCGCCACGGAAUACACGCUGAGGAUCUUUGCAGAGAAAGGGCCCCAGAAGAGCUCAACCAUCACGACCAAGUUCACAACAGACCUCGAUUCUCCAAGAGACUUGACUGCUACUGAGGUUCAGUCGGAAACUGCCCUCCUCACCUGGCGACCUCCCCGGGCGUCUGUCACCGGUUACCUAUUGGUGUAUGAAUCCGUGGAUGGUACAGUCAAGGAAGUCAUUUUGGGUCCAGACACAACCUCCUACAGCCUGGCAGAGCUGAGCCCAUCCACCCACUACACAGUCAAGAUCCAGGCCAUGAACGGUCCCCUGAGGAGCAAGCUGGUGCAGACCUUCUUUACCACGGUUGGACUCCUCUACCCAUUCCCCAGGGACUGCUCCCAAGCCAUGCUGAAUGGAGACACGACCUCUGGCCUCUACACCAUUUAUCUGAAUGGUGAUAAGGCCCAGCCGCUGGAAGUCUUCUGUGACAUGACCUCUGAUGGGGGUGGAUGGAUAGUGUUCCUGAGACGCAAAAAUGGGCGUGAGGAGUUCUACCGUGACUGGAGGGCCUAUGCUACUGGGUUUGGGGACCGCAGAGAAGAAUUCUGGCUUGGGCUGGACAACCUGAACAAAAUCACAUCCCAAGGGCAGUACGAGCUCCGGGUAGACCUGCGGGACCACGGGAAGUCAGCCUAUGCCGUCUACGACAGGUUCAGCGUGGGCGAUGCCAAGACGCGCUACAAGCUGAAGGUGGAAGGGUACAGCGGGACGGCAGGUGACUCUAUGGCUUAUCACAAUGGAAGGCCCUUCUCCACCUACGACAAGGACAUGGACUCAGCCAUCACCAACUGUGCCCUCUCCUACAAGGGGGCUUUCUGGUAUAAGAACUGUCACCGUGUCAACUUGAUGGGGAGAUAUGGGGACAAUAACCACAGUCAGGGCGUUAACUGGUUCCACUGGAAAGGCCACGAAUAUUCAAUCCAGUUUGCUGAGAUGAAGCUGAGACCCAGCAACUUCCGAAAUCUCGAAGGCAGGCGCAAACGGGGGUAAAUUCCAGGGAUAACUGGGUGAGAGAGAAGUAGGGCCCAGAGAAAGAAAAGAGUUUUACCAAAGCAUCGAUACAAUCAAUCCAACCAUGAAGCCACCACCUGGGCAUUUGGCAGGAGUUAAAGUUGACCAUGGAUCAUCGGGGCCAAAGGCAGCAACACCAGCCUCGCCCAUCUGCGAUUACUUCCUUCGCACCAAAGACAACAGUUUCCAACCUGUUUCCGUUUUGUUGUUUGAAUCAGCAAAAAAAUCUUCCAGUGACAGCAUCACAAUGGUUUUCCUUCUCUUGGGUGGCUCUGGGAAUGGGAGAGGGGUAGGCUGUACAGUGGUAGUUUUAGAACCAGCUGUAUUUUACACAAAGCUGUAUAAUUAAUUAUCGUUAUUUUUGUUAGCAGUGUUUCAAUGUGUGUCAUUGGAAGCCAUCCCUUUUUUACAUUUCAUACAACAGAAACCAGAAAGCAAUACUGUUUCGAUUUUAAGGAUAUGAUUAAUAUUAUUAAUAUAAUAAUAAUGAUGAUGAUGAAAACUAAGGAUUUUUAAAGAGAUCUUCCUCUCCCAAACACAUCUGGACAGUACCUGAUUGUAUUUGUUUUUUUAAUAAAAGCACAAGUACUUUUAAA